GGCGCCCCGCGAAGAGAGUCGGCCGCCAUGACCUCCGCGCUGGAGAACUACAUCAACCGUAUCCUCCGCAGCGGGGCCUGGUCGUGCGCCCGCUCUGCUGCUUGGGCACGUCCCUGUUGGCUGUGUCGGUUUCUCCUCUCGGCAGGUAUGACUAAAUGUUUCCUUAAUGAAAUAUCAGGUACUGUUGCAGUAAUUACUUCUGAUGGGAGAAUGAUUGUGGGAACACUCAAAGGUUUUGAUCAGACCAUAAACUUGAUUUUGGAUGAAAGCCAUGAACGAGUGUUCAGUUCUUCACAAGGAGUUGAGCAAGUGGUGCUGGGCUUAUACAUUGUGAGAGGUGAUAACGUUGCUGUGAUUGGUGAAAUUGAUGAAGAGACAGAUUCUGCUCUUGACUUGGGGAAUAUUCGAGCAGAACCUUUAAACUCGGUUGUGCACUGAAAAGAUGAAAAUGCACUGGGACUUUGUAAAUCUUUGAUUGUACAGACCUAUUUAGCAAUGUGGACAAUUUUUACAAAUUGUGUUUAAUUUGUUUAGUCACCAGUUUUGUAUUAUGAACAUGUUGUAGUUUUGCAUGUAAAUUAAAGUUUCUACAUUUUGCUAAAGAUA